CUCAUACCUUAGUGUGUUAGCUCUAUCAGGCUGACUGCACUGGCUUUCAGUGUCAAAGAGAGAAUAAUUUGCCUGGGGAGUUUUGCUAUAGCUACUAGAGGGUUUGACCGGCAUCGCGGCCACAGAGGGGGGAUGAUAUAGAUAACAUUGCCGCUAUUUCGCGUGGACUGGCUUUUUUCAGUCAUAACAAGGAUGUCGCAGUGGUGGUGCAGGUAGCAGAAAGGCCCUAUCGCCCAGUGUGAUCGGACGUGUCAAAAAUGUUCAACAACAGCGAUGGCAGCUCCAGUUCUAAUGACACGCUGUCCCUGUGGCACUACGAUGGGGAGUUCCUGGAUAAAUCUCACAUUCAACCUCUGACAACGCUCGGCUACCUGGGGACUGCCGUCUACCUGACCAUCCUAGGUUCAAUCGCCACGCUGGGGAAUGGCUCUGUCAUCGCUGUUUACAUCCGUCAGAAAAAAUUCCGCUCCAAACCGCACAACAUCCUCAUCCUAAACCUGGCGGUCAGCGACCUCGGUAUCUCCAUAUUUGGCUACCCAUUCUGCACGGCGUCCGGGUACGCUGGGUACUGGCUGUUCGGCGACACUGUGUGCCAGCUGUACGCCUUCAUGUGUUAUACACUGUCCAUGAGCAGUCUCAACACCCUGGUCGUCAUAGCCGGGUUCAGAUACAUCUCUCUCUGCCACCCGCAGUAUGCCUACAGGUUGACCCACCACGUGACGGCGUUCUCCCUGAUCGGCGUGUGGGUCUACAGCCUGCUGUGGACGGUACCGCCAUUGGUAGGGUGGAGCAGCUACACCUACGAAUUAUUCGGUACGUCUUGUAGCAUCAAGUGGACAGUAGAGAACACAUCCGAGAUGUCGUACGUGGUUGGGAGCUGUCUCUUCUGCUACCUCCUCCACCUGCUCCUCUUGGGCUUUUUCUACUACAAGGUUGCGAGGCGGCUGCGGAAGCUGAACCUGCGGGGUCAACACGCCAUGCCGGCAGUCCGGGGGAGACGGGACUUUCUCACCAGCAGCAGGAUGCAGUCGGAGUCCAAGGCCACUAUGAUGUGUUUCCUAAUGGUGAUACUGUUCAUGGUGGCGUGGACUCCCUACACCGUCUCAUCCUUCUGGUCAGUCCUGGUGGAGGAGAUCCCCCUAGCGGCCGCCACGUAUCCGACAAUGUUCGCCAAGUCGUCAUGUGUCUUCAACCCCAUUAUCUACGCCAUCGCUCACAAGAAGUUCCGGACGUUCCUGUUCCAGACGUGUUGCCCCUGGCUGUACAGAAGGGUGGGUCUGUGCAAAAGCAACCCUUACCUGGAGCAGCAACGGAAGGACCGGCUGCGCAAACAGAAGGGACAGAUUUUCUGUGUACAGUACACCAAUGGGAAUGUCUACAUCGGUCCCCAUGGAUCACGUGGCUGCUGGUCAGAAGACGGAAGUGGUGAUGGGGGAAGCAGUGGGCGGUGCCACUACCACAGGGCGAGUGGGUCCGUCUCCACACUCCGGGUAGACAACCUGGCCAGGCGACCGCAUGCGGGUAACGCACCGAAGACACUACACCCGAAAGGAAGGAAGUACACGGUGCAAGCGCAGGUAGAACCGGUACCAAGAACGGACAACGACUCGUCUAGUAGCGAGGACUCCGUUCAUGACUUGUCCUGUAUUGACUUCACAGUGUUGUAGAGUGUUGAGUAAGCUGGAAUCAUGAUUGUUGCUUGGGACUACUUAGGACAGCUCUUCAGCACCAGGGCCAACGUGUCCCUGGUGAGAUUUUACCGUAGUGCCCCUGGGAAGACUUUGAGUGGCCUAAUGGAGCCUUACAAUGGGCGAGGAAAUGAGGUAGUCUCUACCAGACUGACUACGCUGGCUGUGAUAGGGAGAAUAAUUUGCCGGGAGAGUUUUACUACUAGAGGGUAUGGCCUGCCGCGCAGGGGGAACAAAAAACCUUAGCAUGGACUGACUCCCUUGGCCAAUUUCCCGAUUUCUUUUACAAAUCCUACGAUCCCCGUAUCCCCAUGCCUGGUGGAGGCUUGAAGGCAUUCCUUAUGGGAGAUUGAUAGC